GGAAAAUGAACAAGUACCCGACAACCAAUUCUGUGGAAGAGUUUAACAGAAACGUUACAAUAACAAACCUAAAAAUUAAUCAUUUAGAGUACAGAAAUGUGGAAGGAAAAGUAAGCAUUUUUAAAAUGAAUUUAGAACUUGUUUGAAAGAGUGAAAGGGUAUUAAGAUCUCAUUGGGCAAUUCAGAAAACAAAAGAUUAUACUAUAUGAAAGGAGAAAUAUGUCAGCCCCAGGACAGGAAUGUUACGGUAUUUAAAGAUGUUAAUUAUAGGAAUGGACGAUUAUGGAGAUAUAUUUUAUGGGAUCAACUUUGCAUCUGCAGACUAUUUGGGUUUAUGCACAAAUGAGUAAGCUAAGGUACAUAAAUUAAACAAUUUAAAUAGGAAGCAGCAGCAACGGCAGCUUAAGAAUAUUCUGUAAAUUCUUGUGGAGCACCAUUAGCUUUUGGAGCAUCAAAAUAUUACAUGCAAUUGAAGGAAGAACUAAAAGAUUAUUGGAAUAUGAAGGAGGUGAUCAUUUAUAGUGCUGGUUGGUUGGCAGGAUAUGGAGUGGUAAAGGGAUUAAUAAGGUAACUGUUGAAUAUCAACGAAUAUAUAGACCAUAUGAUUUCGUAAUCAUGGACGAAUUAUGUCACAAUUGUUUAACUGAAGGAGCUCAUGCAGCAACCAAGAAUGUAUUUAGAGUAACUCACUUGAGUCUCGAAGCAAUGGAGAAGAAGAUUUCUGAAGUCCGAUCAGAUAAUCCAGAAGCAUGCAUUUUGGUUGUGACAGAAGGUCUGUUCAGUAUGGAUAGUGAUUACACUGAUUUGGUGGCUUUGUAAAAGAUAACAUUGAAAUACGAAGCAUUUUUAUUGAUAGAUUGUGCCCAUGACUUUGGAUGUAUGGGUAAAACAGGUAAUUAAAAUUAGUAUGAAUUUGUAUAGGAAAGGGAGUUUUUGAGAUAUAAGGACUGAAGGACUUUUCUAAUGUACUCUUGAUGUCUGGAGGAUCUAAAUGUUUAUCCACCAAUGUUGGCUGGGUAGCCUGCAAUUCUUUUGAGGUCAUAGAUUAUCUUAAGUUCUUCUCUUCCGCCUAUAUGUUCACUAAUUCUGUUAACCCUGUAUAAUGUGCCACUGCUUUGGCAUAACUCAGGAUCUUAAACAGUGAAGUGGGUGUUAGAUUGAGAACAAAAGUGCUUGAGAACUAUCACUACAUGAAGAAGGAAUUGAAUUCCAGAAAUUACAAAAUCUUAGGAUAUCCUUCUCCCAUUCUACCCUUAUUAAUUGGGGAUGAAUUAACAUGCAGAAUUGUGACUAGAUUAAUGCUUGAUGAAGGUAUUCAUUGCAAUGGGAUUGAGUAUCCUAUUGUAAAAAUGGGAUAGGCUCGUCUAAGAGUCAAUCUUCAACCAUAACACACCAAAGAGUAUUAAUAUAUAUAAUAUCUUCAAGUCAUAUGGAUACUUUCAUUGAAACAUUUGAUUUCUGCUUCAAGAAGGCUACCAAAAUAACUCAGGACUCGCUUGAAAGAUAUCAACUAUAUUUGGAAUAGUAGGAACAAUAAUAAGAAAAAUAAUAAUAAUAGUCCAAAAAUAAUUUAAAUUAAGUAAACUUCAAUGAGACCAAAAUGGAACUCAAGAAGCCAAACUUAUGA